AUGGAGGACUUGGAGAGGUUGAAGAAGCUACGCACUGCGUGUCGGGGAACUGUGACACGCACCAUUUCGGACCUCACAGCUCUUUUGGCUACGACUCCUUUGCCCCACGAUCAGCUCACAUCAAAGCUGACAUUCCUAGAAUCUAAAGCAGCGACCUUGGCACAGCUGGAUGGCCGAAUACAGGGUAUCAUCGAGGAAAACCUUUUAGAAGACGAAUGCACAGCCUGCGAUCGAUAUCUUGAAUCUAUCACGACUAUCACUGUACAGGUCCGCAGGGCGUUGUCGACAACUGCAGGUCCAGUUUCAAACAACUACCGCGACGGUCAUCAGGCUUCACCGCAACAUGGGCACGGUGCUAGUGAUGGAGUCAGUUUGCCCAAGCUUCAUAUCGACACUUUCAAUGGUGAGCUUUCAAAAUGGCAAGGGUUUUGGGACCAGUUCAGAGCAAGCAUACACGACAACUCACGGCUUUCGCAAGUCAACAAGCUUAAAUAUCUCGUGUCGCUUGUGUCUGGAUCUGCUGCUACGGCCAUCGAAGGUUUGACCAUUACUGAUCAAAAUUAUGUCACUGCUGUUGACAUCCUAAAGGCACGCUUCGGCAAGGACGAGCUUCUUAUCAACGAUCAUCUAGACUCAUUAUUCGAUCUUAAGCCCGUUACGGACUUUCAGGAUGUCCGAGGGUUACGAGACUUACAUGGGACUGUAACUGCUCGGGUUCGAAAUCUGCAAGCUUUAGGCAUUCCGACGAGUCAAUAUGACGUCGCUGUUCGUCGAGCAAUUGUGCGCAAGAUUCCUCAUGAGCUUGAGCUCGAGUACUAUCGUAUGCACGGAAGAGACGCGACCCUCGCUCCUGAAAGCUUGUCAGAUCUUAUGAAUUUUUUGAACAAAGAAAUCGAAUGCCGUGAACGCCUGCGCAGAGACGCAGCAUUAGACAACGUUGGAUCGCGACCGAAAACAGAAGGAGGAAGUGGUGUCAAACGAAAAUCAUCGCUCUCGUUUUCCGCGUCAUCUUUAGCGGCAACUGUUACGCAGCAGAGCUGUGUCCUGUGCAAGUCAAAAGAUCAUGCGCUUGAAAGUUGUACGGCCAUACUCACUCCUGAGGAAAAAAGAAUCAUCCUCCGUCGAGAAGGCAGAUGCUUUCUUUGUGGAAAGAGGUCCCACCUGUCCAAGGAUUGCCGGGUCUGCUGGAGGCUUCAUUGUGGAAAGUGUAACAGACGACACCUUACGCAGUUAUGUCCAGGUCCUUCAGUGCCUGCUCAGAAUCAAACUUCGGUUACAACGGUUGUUGAGGACGUAGUUACCUCAUUUUCUUCAUCAGAAGUUUCGAAGACUCCAAAGUGCUCAGAAGUCCUUCUGCAAACCGCUAAAGUUUGGCUUGUGGGACCACGUGGACGAAAACAGCUCAUCAGGGUCUUGUUUGACGGGGGAAGUCAAAGAAGUUUCAUUCGCGCCGACAUAUCAAAACGCAUGGAAUGUAAAGACGUACGGUCAGAAGAUCUACGAAUUCACACCCUUGGGAAUGUCACAUCCGCUCGAACACAACACCGUUGUGUACAACUUUUAUUGCGAAGCCAGGACGCUUCUCACACACUUGUGAUGGAUGCAAUCGAGUACGACCAGAUUUGCACUGACAGCCUCCCGUCUUUACCCUUCGACAUGUCCAAACAACUGAAAGAUAUGGGCCUUCAGCUAGCUGAUGAACCGUUUUCGGCGCCUGUCGAGAUUUCUCUCCUGAUUGGUUCAGAUUAUUACUGGCAAGUCGUCACUGGACAAACUGUUCGACUUUCGAAACAUCUUGUUGCAGCUGAAACCCUUUUCGGGUGGACCAUCCAAGGAGUCUGUUCGUCCGAUGGCAUGAAGGGACGACACGAUAUUCAAGUUAUGAAGAUUGGCGUGGAAACGGAUGUCGAGGUUGAUACCGACAGGAUAUAUUCGCAACUACAGGCAUUUUGGGACCUCGAGCAUCUAGGCAUCACGGACCAGUGUUCAAUGUCCAGUUCCUACACUGACCCCAUUCUUCAAGAGUUUAGCACUUCAGCAUGCCUACAGAACGGGCGAUAUAUGGUCCGUCUCCCCUGGAACCUGGAGAAGCGUCACAUGCUGGGCGAUAACAAGGUGCUCGCGUUCCGACGGUUGAGUUACACCACCAAGAAGCUGCUACCGGAUCCCAGUCUAAUGGAAGAGUACGACUCUACGAUUCGUCAAUAUCUGCUAAAUGGACAUGCGGAGCGCGUACUUGAGACGGAGAACACCGGUGGAGGGCCUAUAUAUUACAUGCCUCAUCAUGCUGUCAUACGAAGAGAUCGGGAGACGACUAAAGUACGCAUUGUAUUCGACGCUUCGUCAAAGUCAUCUGGUGCAAUCUCUUUAAAUGAAGCUCUUCACGCUGGACCCAACUUGAACCCGGAUGUUCUAGACUUGCUCCUUCAGUUCAGGGCAUAUCAAAUAGCUCUUACAGCUGACGUCGAAAAAGCAUUUUUACAGAUCGUACUCGAUCCACAGGAUCGCGAUUCUUUGCGCUUUCUUUGGUACGCCACUGCGCCGAAGGCAGACGAGGCUUUGCCUCCUAUUGAGACUUGGAGAAUGAUGCGGGUACCGUUCGGCGCAAAGUCCAGCCCGUUUUUGUUGGCCGCCACUAUCCGACAUCAUUUGCAAUCUGUGGUUUCACGAUAUCCUCGAACGGCUUCUCUUCUAUCAAGUCACUUUUAUGUGGAUGACCUGGUUGUCGGCGUGGAUUCCGUUGACGAAGGAAAUACGCUCUACCGUGAAUCGCGUGACAUCCUUAUUGAAGCUGGGAUGAAGCUCGUCAAAUGGACCAGCAACGACAGCACCCUGUGGAAGUUAUUUCAAGCGGAAGGCACUGCUUCAUCAUCCACCACUUCCCUUAAAAAGGUGCUCGGACUCAAUUGGGAUAUCGACUCUGAUGAGAUACAGCUCUCCAUGAAAUCAUUAUCCGAUUUUCUGGAACGUCCGGUUGCCACUAAGCGUUACGUGCUUCAGGCUGUUUCUCGGAUUUUUGAUCCUCUGGGCUACGUGGCGCCGUUCGUCGUUACGGCCAAGAUCUUACUGCAAGGCAUCUGGCUUGCUAAGCUUCAGCGGGACGAUCUCCUUCCUGACAACAUAAGGUCUGUAUGGAGUAAUUGGUGUCAAGAGGUGCCUACGCUGGCUCGUCUCCGGCUACCUCGGAAGCUAACAGGUGCCACAGCUCCGUUGACGGAGGUUGCGAGGAGCCUGCAUGUUUUCGGCGAUGCCAGCACCAAGGCAUACGGAGCAGCUGUUUACUUGGUUUCUCAACGUGGCGAAGGCCGAUUGGAAGCAUGUCUUUUGCUGGCCAAAACCAGAGUCGCCCCGGUGAAAGCAAUGUCCCUCCCACGCCUCGAGUUGAUGGGCGCCGUUCUAGCCUCACGACUGCUUAAGUUUGUCCGGCAGACGUUAUUCCUUUUAGAUGUGGAAGCCAUCUUGUGGACAGACUCGGAGGUUGCUUUGCAUUGGAUCCACGGAUCUCCCUCGGCGUGGAAACCUUUUGUACGGAACCGCGUUGCGGAGAUUCAAUCUUCUACGCAAACCCGCCAAUGGAGACACUGCCCUGGUCCCGACAAUCCUGCCGACCUUUUGACGAGGGGUGUGUCAUGCCGACGCCUUCUGGACACUACGUGUUGGUGGAAUGGCCCGAGUUGGCUGUGCCAUCCUGAAUCCUGGCCGCCAGGUUGGCGCUCUACAGCCAAUGCUCCAGGAGAUGUCUACUCCGAGGCUAAGACCCCCGACGUUCUCGCAGUGAUGACAGUGAUCAACGAGCCCAUCCUGCAAGUACGAAAGUACAGCUCGUUCUCCAGACUGCUCCGGGUUACGUCAUGGGUGCUACGGUUUAUCCACAACAGCAGGAGCCCUUCUCUCAAGGACAGCGGUAUGCCAAGUUCAGAAGAGAUUAAUGCGGCAGAGCACUAUUGGAUUAGAAAUGCUCAACGUGAGGCUUUUGGGUUGCAGCCUACCACCCACACUUCUCUUCGGAACGCCUCCUUGUUUCACGACGACGAAGGGAUCCUCCGCAUGCAAGGACGUCUCCAGUACGGUGUCUUUCCUGAUGCAGUCAAGCAUCCUAUAGUCUUGCCCUCGAACCACCCUAUCACAGCCAUGAUUAUCAGGCAGACUCACUUACGGUUGUUGCACGCUGGCGUCCAAGGAACACUGACUGACCUACGAGAGGCCUACUGGGUCAUUCGAGGACGGCAAGUGGUAAAGAGGGUGGUGCACGGCUGUCGCGUUUGCAGGCGAGCGAAAGCCCGCGCGUGUACUGAGAUUGCUGGUCCCCUACCUCGGGACCGAAUAUCAGCUGCAGCGCCAUUUGAUGUGACAGGAACCGAUUAUGCUGGGCCACUCUUUUACAGACCAGCCUAUGAAGAGAGCAAUGUUUCAAGAAAAUGUUACAUCCUCAUCUUCACUUGCGCCGUAACUAGGGCAGUUCAUUUAGAGCUCACAGAAUCUAUGACUGCCGAAGACUUUUUGAAGGCCUUCAAGAGAUUUGUAUCGAGGAGAGGUGUGCCAGGAACAGUAUACUCUGAUAAUUUCCGCACCUUCAAGAGUGUGUCCCGUGAACUUUCCGUUGGCCAGCUGUCGCAGGAUCCAGAUGUGAACGGGUUCCUUACGGUACAUCGGAUCAACUGGAAGUUUAUCGUUGAGCGCGCUGCCUGGUGGGGAGGCUUUUGGGAACGCCUAAUAAAAAGCGCCAAGGUGUGUCUACGGAAGAUACUGGGAAAAAGCACCCUAACGUACAGCGAGCUUGCCACUGUUGUCACGGAGGUGGAAGCCGUUCUGAACUCACGGCCCCUGACUUAUGUUUCCGAGGAUCCAGACGAUCUCUCCGUGCUCACGCCUGGUCACUUCCUGGUUGGUAAACGUCCCCAAGAACACAAUGACCUCCUGGGUACAUCCGGGGAAAGUCAUCAGCGGACAGGGAUAACAUCCCCAGGACUUCCCUACCAGGUCCUCAAUUUGUCAAAAAUGUGA